GCAUUUGAUGUCUUUUUGAAGGGUGGUGGUGCAAUGCAGGUGGAUCGUUCGAAACCGUUUCUCUGGAUUAAAGAAAAGUUGUGGGCGAACGUUCUUGCACUCUCAGAAAAUGUACCGCGGUCCUUCAAGCAGCUUCCCGACCUCAUUAUGCGCAAUGAACAGGCAUGGCGACAGUUCAUUGACUCCGACGCCAUUGAAAACUUGCCAGUCCCUGACAUCAACGAGAAACUGGACAGUUUUGAUCGUCUUCUCAUCGUGCGUGCCCUGCGUGAGGACCGCACGAUGCUUGCCGCCAACCAAUACGUCUCUCGGACACUUGGAAAAGAGUUUGCAGAGCCGCAGCAUCUUGACCUUCAUGACGUCGUGGAGGAAACAACUGGCUUGACACCCAUUGUGUUCCUCCUGUCGCAGGGCUCUGACCCGACGACGCUUAUUGAGGCGGCGGCAAAGUCGCUCAAGAAGAAGAUAUUCCCCAUUUCCAUGGGUCAGGGACAGGAAGAAGCGGCGAUGAACAUCGUGAACAACGCAUGGACCAACGGGGACUGGGCCCUGUUGCAGAACUGUCAUCUUGGCCUGCCGUUCCUGCUGCAGUUGGAGGAAAAACUACGCCAGCAACUUUUGCCUGGUGGGAAAAAGGUGGAAAUCCACGAGGAGGCACGCUUGUGGGUGACGACAGAGCCACACAAGGCCUUCCCUAUUGGACUACUGCAGAUGUCCAUCAAGCUGACCAAUGAACCGCCACAAGGUAUCCGGGCAAGUCUUGUGCGUACAUACUCUUGGUUGUCACAAGACUACCUUGAAAUGUUCCGUCGUCCAGAGUGGAAGCCCAUGCUUUUUACUCAGUGCUUCCUCCACUCCGUUGUGGUGGAGCGGCGCAAGUUUGGUCCGAUUGGUUUCAGUGUACCCUAUGAAUUCAACCAGGGUGACUGGACCGCCUCCGUUCAAUUCCUCAUCAAUCACAUGACAACAAUUGGCGAGAAUCUCAAGAAUCCAGUAAACCGCGACACGGUGUGUUACAUGGUUGCUGAAAUUCAGUACGGUGGUCGUAUCACAGACAACAACGAUCGUGCUCUUUUCAAGGCCAUCACAGAGUUUCUUUACGAUCUCCGCAUCACCAACCCGGAUCGGGUUCGGGACGCCAAGCUCCUUGGGGCCGGUAAUAACACCAAUAGAGCCAGCCACAAUGCAAACACGGGUGGGGAGCGGA